AUGACCUGGAGCCGGGUCCUGGUCCUGUGCUGCCUGUGGGCCGUGGUGCUCCUGGCUGUGCUGCGGGAGGGGACCGCUGCGUCAGUGGGCACCAGGCAGGCAGCAGGAGAGGAGGCCCAGGACGGUGUGAAACAGAAGAUUUUCAUGCAGGAGUCAGAUGCCUCGAAUUUCCUCAAGAAGCGCGGCAAGCGGUCCCCCCCAUCCAAAGAUGAGGUCAAUGCGGAGAACAGGCAGAAGCUUCGAGCAGAUGAGCUGCGGAGAGAACAUUACGAGGAGCAGAGGAACGAGUUUGAGAACUUCGUGGAGGAACAGAGCGAUGAGCAGGAAGAGAGGAGCCGGGAGGCAGUGGAGCAGUGGCGCCAGUGGCAUUACGACGGCCUGCACCCGUCCUAUCUCUACAACCGCCACCACAUCUGA